UGUAAUACGACUCACAUUGAUUCCAAUUUUUGAUUUGCUCAUUAAUUUGAGUUGUAGUGUUCAGUGAAGGCAUUUUCAUCCCGUCAUAUGGGUCAAUAAUGUGUCAAAAAAUUUUUUUUAGUAAAAUAUCAAUCUGUGUCAGAAGCAAUAGUAUUGAUUUGUGGAAAAAAAAAAAGAAAUCAACCAAAUUUGGAUUCUGUUUCGCUUUGCUUCAGACAAGCACAGGACCCACAGGCAGACAUGGUGAACUCAGUACUGGUUCAUUGUCAGGGCAGAGGGCCAGGUCAAGGAGGCAGGAAGCAAAACUCGGUCAGAGGAAGCAAACCAAGGUGUACUUGAGGGCUGGUUGUGACAACUGGGCCGCAGGGAAGGUAACUGACGAACUGGCAACGGGUGGCUCUUCAGAUUGGCCUGAAUGCUGCAGAGGAAGGUGUGGCUGACGAGGGGAAAACCGGCAGGUGUGUCGGUGAGACAGGUGCAAUGAUUGGGGAGACGCCCACCCCACAAUGAAUUCAGGGAAAGGCAACCAAAAACAGAAGAGACGAGAGGCUACACGGUGGAACACUGAGGACAGGAACAAUGGAUUUUAACAGACGGAAGGGGUUUUGGCCCUCCACCAGCGAUAUUUCCUUUACGGAGGCACAACAAGAGAAUUAUGGCACCAGAGGUCCGGGCCCAGGGAAUUCUGGGAAGAGCAACAACUUGGAUGGCGUCUCCUCCCAGGACCGCCCUUCUAGUCUGCCGGAUCUGUCUGGCUCCAUAGAUGACCUCCCCACGGGGACAGAGGCUGGUCUGGGAUCAGCUGUCAGCAGCAGUAGUAACCAAGGAGAGCAAGCAGGCGCCGCCACCCAGAGACAGUCACCUUUCUCUCCCCACGCCUCGCCACACCUUCACAGCCAGAGGAGCGGACCUUCACCCUCCCCUGUGGGCUCACCUGCAGGCUCCACUCAGUCCCAACAGUCUCGUUCAGGCUCCGGGCCCAUAUCUCCUGCCAGCGGCCCGACUGCUGGCGCCAACACACCUGGUAGGGCUCCCGAACUCACACCUCAGUCCAGUUAAAGUUGCCAUUUGUAGCGCGGCAUGUUUGUUUGAUCAUUACAAACUUGACGCAGAAAG